ACAACGUCGUCAUCAUCCUCGUCAUCAGGUCACGGUUGGGUGUCUGGUAGUGGCGGUUAUGCCACAACCAGCACCACCAGUACAACCCAAACCAGCAUAGCCAACCACACACUAAGCAGCAGUGGUGGUGGUGGCAGCAGUGGCUCCACCACUGCCUAUAAAUCCCAGUCAUCACACUCAUCGGCGAUUAAUCGCAAUGCCAUCGAACAGCCAGAAAUGGUGCAGAAUGGUCCGUAUUUUGAUAAGGCAGCUUCAAAGAAUGUCACCGCUUUGCUGGGAAAAACGGCCUACUUGAAUUGCCGUGUCAAGAAUUUGGGCAAUAAAACGAUGCUCCUGCAAGUAUCCUGGGUACGACAUCGUGACAUACAUUUGCUCACAGUUGGACGUUAUACGUACACCUCCGAUCAGCGAUUUCGUGCCAUACAUCAGCCACAGACAGAAGACUGGAUUUUACAAAUCAAAUAUCCACAGCAUCGAGAUUCGGGCAUUUAUGAAUGCCAGGUAUCGACAACGCCGCACAUGAGCCAUUACAUACAUUUGAAUGUGGUUGAACCCUCAACAGAAAUUAUUGGUGCCCCUGAUCUAUAUAUAGAAAGUGGGUCAACUAUAAAUUUAACCUGCGUUAUUCUUAAUUCUCCUGAGCCGCCUGCCUACAUAUUUUGGAAUCACAAUAAUGCGAUUAUCAACUAUGAUUCGCCGCGCGGUGGUGUCUCCGUUGUAACCAUAAAAGGCGACACAACGACAUCCUUUCUGUUGAUCAAAUCAGCCCGACCAUCGGAUUCGGGCCAUUAUCAAUGCAAUCCAUCGAAUGCGAAACCGAAAAGUGUUACCGUUCAUGUGCUCAAUGGGGAAUUCCCAGCAGCAAUGCAGCGCGCGGUACAAGCUCAUCGGCUAAUGUCUCGAUAUCAUUAUAUCUUAGUGUACCUGUCCAUGUAUUGGUGUACCUUAGCGUUUGUCAGGCACUACAUAAAGCUACCGCCGCUGGCAGCUACAGAUACUGGUAUCGGCUCUGCUGCGAUCAUGUGAUAGAAAAUCUAAAGCGGCUGUUUGGUCUGCUGCUAUUGACUUUG